CCUGACGCAAGACCAGUGAUGCCAUACCACGGUCAUUUCUUGUUAUCCCAUAUCUAACUAAUCUCUGUCUCCUAUUCACCCAUUGCUUUACAAAUUGAAAAGAAAGCAGAGAUAAUGGCUUCGUACCUCGUCACCGGAAGCUCGAAAGGCCUCAAUCUGGGAAUCUGUAACAUCCUUGCUUCCAAACCUCCUUCCGAGGUUUCCAAGGUUUUCACAUCCGCGCGCAGACACACCGAUGCAUUGAAAGACUUGAUUUCACAGUAUCCCGGGCGUGUCGAGUUUGUGUUGAUGGAUGUAACGUCUGAGGAGAGUGUCCAGAAAGCCGUGGAGCAGAUUGAGAAGUCUCUCGGGGGCAAGGGCUUGGAUGUUUUGAUAAAUGGAGUGGGAGUCAUGCCUUUUACACCGGAAGGCAUUCACACAAUGAAUAAUCUCGACUCGACUUUGAAGAGCAAUGUGUUGAGCGCCCACCUGGUGACCAGGAACAUUAUGCCGUUUUUGCAAAAGGGCAACCUAAAAAAGGUUGUUACCAUCUCCACAACACUUGGCUCGAUUACACGGGCGAAGAGAUACCACACGCACAUGCCUACACCAGCCUACAAAAUAUCCAAGGCAGCCCUUAAUAUGCUCAUGGUGCAGUAUUCCUUGGAUUAUGCGGAUCAAGGCUUCACAUUCUUCGUUGUUUGCCCGGGGUGGGUAAAGACGGACCUUGGGGGGAAGGAUGCCGACCUGACCGUGGAGCAAAGUGCAAAUGCAAUACUGCAUAAUAUAUUCAAUUCUACUCAGGCAGAAACCGGAAAAUUCCUGAACAUCCAUGUGCCCGGAUGGGAAAACGCACCGGGCAUCAACCAAUACAACGGAAAUGAAAUUCCGUGGUAGGCUACAGAGGAUACGCGAAAUUAGCGGACAAGGCUAAUUGGAAUUCGAUAAUAUAUGUUGGCAAUAUACAAGUGUUGGACAACCACUAUGGCUUCAAUGGCG